AAGACUACUUCAAACAAGACCCGUUACAAUUUAGAAAAACCAAAGCGCAGCCAUGGCCGAGCACCAGAAAAUCCACCCGGUCGACGUCGAGGCCCCAUCGCAGGCGGCGCCGCUCGUCCCACCCGAGCUCUCGAGAUCCGACAAGGGCGACCCGGCCGCCGUCGCAGGGCAAUACCCGCCUUACCGCCGCACAAUCCCGAUCUCUCACUCUAGACCCCCGAAAAGGCGGCGUAGCUGCUGCUGCAAGUGUGUAUGCUGCACCAUUCUCACCACCAUCAUCCUUAUCAUCCUCGUCGCCGCCACCCUCGGCAUCCUCUACCUCAUCUUCGAUCCCAAGCUGCCGAAAUACUCCGUCGACCGCCUCGCUGUCUCCGCCUUCACCGUCGACACCAACCUCACGGCGCAUGCGAGCUUCGACGUGACGGUGACGGCGGAGAACCCGAACAAGGGGAUCGGAAUAUACUACGAGGGUGGGUCGCACCUGAGCGUGUGGUACUCGGGUUUCAGCCUGUGUGAGGGGGUGUUCCCGGAGUUUUAUCAGGGGCACCGGAACACGACGGUGCUGACGGUAGUGAUGAAGGGGGAGGCGCAGCUGGGGAGCACGGAGAUGGCGGCGCUGCAGCAGCAGCAGACGACGGGGAUGGUGCCGCUGGACUUCAAGGGGGACGUCCCGGUGAGGGUGAAGCUGGGGAGUCUCAAGCUGUGGAAGGUGACGUCCAGGGUCAGGUGCAAUCUGGUGGUGGAUAGUUUGACGGCUAAUAACCGGAUUCAGAUCAGGUCUAGCAGUUGCAAGUUUAGGUUGAAGCUGUGAGCUUUUGGUUUAUUUUUCUAAUUUGAUCGUCUUUUUUUUUUUACUCCUUUAUUUGUUAUCAUCGUUGGUAUGAUUCUUAGAUUUUAUGGGAGGAUUUUAUGUAGGGAUUUUAAUUUUGGUGGUGGUUGUUAGUAGCUAGUGGAGGCUGUGUAUGCUUGCAUUUUUUUUUUUGUCAAUUUAUUUAGCAUUUAAUAGUAAUAGCAUGUUACCAGAA